ACUCCCCCAAAAUCCCAAUUACUAUGACCUCGUUAAUGAUAAUGGAAAAAAUGUCAGGUGGCGUUUGCCAUUACAAUUGAGACUGGGGUCGACGUUUUAUGAAAUUAUAUCCUCAGUACACUUCAUGGGACAACUCAAAAGUCCCGGAAAGGCCACUUGUGAUUGGAUAUGUGUCUCCUGAUUAUUUUACUCACUCUGUCUCAUACUUCAUCGAAGCACCACUUGUCUAUCACGACUACGCAAACUACAAGGUGGUGGUUUAUUCAGCUGUUGUAAAGGCAGAUGCAAAAACAAACAGGUUUAGGGACAAAGUCUUGAAAAAAGGUGGUGUCUGGAGGGAUAUCUACGGGAUUGAUGAGAAAAAGGUCUCCAGCAUGAUUAGAGAAGAUAAAGUUGAUAUUAUGGUUGAACUUACAGGUCACACUGCAAAUAAUAAACUGGGAACGAUGGCUUGCCGACCUGCGCCUGUACAGGUGAUCUUUAUCUUAUGCCCCAACUUGGUUGUUUCUGGUUUCAAUAUUGCUGCUCUGAGGCCUAACUGCACCACAUUAGAUAUGUUUUGUCUUUUAAGGGAAAGAGCUGGCCUUUCAUUUUUUUAAUAAUACUUUUAUGGGGAAUGGUUAAGUUGUCUCGCGUAAAUUGAGAAACUGGAAUUCAGUGGUUCUUUUUCUUUUAUUAGGCUUAUUGGUAGUCCCAAGGAAAUGUCUCUCCCAUCUUUUCUUGGAUGUUGUGCUUCCAAGAACUUGACCAAUUAGAGAUAGAUGUGUAGCAUGAUGUUUUUGUCUAUUACCACCCUUCUUCUAAAAGAAUGUUUGAGGUUUGGUGUGCAUCAUGAAAUAAAGAGGUAUGAGUGUGUAUGCAUUGGGUCUCAUUGCGAAUUAUGUUGGAGUAACUUUCGACCAUGCUAUAGCCUAGUAGUUUCAUAUGACUACCAAAUUGUCAAUCUUAUUGAGUAUGAAGAAAAAAUACAUACUUUACAUUCUUUGGUCAUAUGAGGAUUUUGUUCUAAGAUACAUGGUUAACAGUGCUACUGGGAGUCUAGGAGAAUCACAUGGGUGGUUGGAAUAUCUCUAUAAAACAGCUGUCCUACGCUUGCCUGUCAACUCAAAAUUUCCAUUUGAAAUUGGGAAGUUAAUUAGUCCAGUAAGACAUAUUUGAAAUCAAGGUGAAGCUUCUCUGAAAUUUGGGGAACAAUUUGAAAGCACACGUGAUGUCAUACUUAU